AUGCACCCGAGUUUCCAGAACGCUUGGAUUCACAUAGUGACAGACCUGGAAGUGCACGCCACGGCCGUCUGCAAGUCUAAGUCGAAUGUCCCGUUCAUCCCGCUCGACGACAGAAACCAGAUCAUGGACGUCGCCUACAGAGACGGAGUCCGAGCGUGCAUCUUUAACCAAAGAACGGGGACGAUGGUUUUCACGCUGAACAUAGACCUGUUCUGGAACGUAAUUGGGAACUCGAGUUUCGUGGAACACAUUGUCUACCAAAUAGUGUGCACCUUCGAUGAGCAUGCGCAGAGCGAAUCAGCAGUUAGUGGCGUGUGGCAUUCGGAAAGAGCAGGCGGGGCUGUGGAUGGGGAACACGAGUUUGACACCAGCAUCUCUGUCAGUCUGAACAUCAGCCUCACCGACAUCAUGGGCAGUCCCAUACACACACCCACUGUACCAAUGGGCAGCAAGGUCCGUCUACUUGCAACAGCUGGCGAUUUGUUGCAAUACAAAGGGUUAAUGCCGAUCGGUUGUGACGCUGUGGGUGUGAACACCAAUAAACGAUACGCCAUUCUAAGAGCUGGAUGCGGAGACGGUAUCGUUCUGAACAAGACUGAAGGGUUUGUCACGACAGGGUUGUCUACCCUGAGUCCGGUCUUCAAAAUCUUCCACCUGUCCGGAGACACGAACCUCGUGUUUCAAUGCAACUUCACCAUGUGCAAGAGCACGUGCGACGGGAUAUCAUGUCUCAUUCGUAACAAAAAGACAAAUAAUAGUUAA